AGCUCGCGGUAAGCGAUGCGGAAGGUGACGGAAUCUUCCCUCCUGCUAGCCGAGCAGUCCCAAAAAAACUCUUCAAAUUGCAGGCCAAUUCACGCUAAUAAGAACCCGUCAGGCGAACGAAGUGGAAGAGAAAGGAAGUGUUGGUUGAUGCGAUCCGCUGUUCCGUGUUAGACAAAGGAGGACCAGAGCAAACGAAGAGUAGAGGUUGAGGUUGCCGAUCGGAAACGACAGAGAUCAGUUCAGUUGCUGUUCGGGAUUACGCGAGUGAGAGACGGUGGCGGCCGAAAACGGGAAUGAAGCAGGGGAAGUACGAGCUCGGGCGGAUGCUGGGAGAGGGAAGCUUCGGGAAGGUGAAGUUUGCGAGACGGGUGGACACCGGUGAGGCAUUUGCCGUCAAGAUCCUUGAUCGCAAGCGGAUACUCGACCUCAAGAUCGACGAGCAGCUUAAAAGGGAAAUCGCGACGCUCAAACUUCUGAAACACCCUAACGUCGUCCGACUCCACGAGGAAAGCACGAAUCUGCUAAUGAUUCCGACGAAAAAUACUCCUCAGGAAGUCUUUGCAAGCAAAGAAAGAAUCUAUAUGGUGCUUGAAUAUGUGAAUGGUGGCGAGUUAUAUGAUAAAAUAGCGUCUAAGGGAAGGCUUUCAGAGCAGUUUGGUCGAAAUAUUUUUCAGCAGUUGAUUGAUGGCAUAAGCUACUGUCAUGAUAAAGGAGUUUAUCAUAGGGACUUAAAGCCUGAAAAUGUUCUUGUUGAUGCCAUGGGUAAAAUAAAGAUAUCUGAUUUCGGACUUAGUGCUUUAUCACAACAACUUUGGAAUGAUGGGCUAUUGCACACAACUUGCGGAAGUCCUAACUACGUUGCUCCUGAGGUGCUCUCCAACAGAGGUUAUGAUGGUGCUAUAUCAGAUAUCUGGUCAUGUGGUGUAAUCCUCUAUGUCAUCCUUACUGGUGCUCUUCCAUUUGAUGAUCGAAAUCUUGCAGUUCUUUACCAAAAGAUUUUCAAAGGAGAUACUCAUAUUCCCAGCUGGCUUUGCCCUGGUGCUCAAAACAUGCUAAGGAGGAUUUUGGAUCCAAAUCCUAGAACUCGAAUAAAUGUAGCUGAAAUCAAGGAAGACAAUUGGUUUAAGCAAAAUUAUACUCCAGUUAUUCCCUAUGAUGAAGAGGACAUGUAUAUGGAUGAUGCAUCCCUGUCAGUAGAAGAGCUAGUAGAGACAGAUGAGCUCAGAAACAAAUCGACACUAAUCAAUGCUUUCCAACUCAUAGGAAUGUCUUCAUGUUUUGAUCUUUCGGGCUUUUUUGAGAAAGAGGAUGUCUCUGAAAGAAAAAUCAGAUUCACAUCGAACUACUCACCCAAUGAUGUCUUCAAGAAGAUCGAAGAUAUCGUUACUGAAUUUGGUUUUCAAGUCCAAAGAGGAAAUGGAAAGUUGAAGGUCAUACAGCCCACUAGAGGCUGUACAAGCACGAGGAGCUGCGGGUCUCUUUCAGUAGCUGCAGAGGUAUUUGAGCUCAGCCCAUCUCUGUAUGUGGUGGAGCUUCGUAAAGCAUGCGGGGAUUCCUCUUUGUACAGGCAGUUAUGCUCAAAGAUAUCAGAUAAAUUAAGUGUUUACAAGGGUGCACAACUUCUGAAGAUGCGGUCGCUAUUGCCUGAACUUAAUCAAUUUGAAGGGAGUAAGUCUAUCAGCACUGUAAAAACUAUCUAGUCCUGCAUUUUAGUGUCCAAGAAAUAGAGUAAUUUUAACGCAUCUGUAUAUAUACGUUGGAUAACUUGCUGUAAAUGAUUUGCACUCAUGACAAGAGGAUAUGGUGUUUACGAAUUAACAAAGUUUGUGAAAAACUGUCCACUAUUUAUAGUGCAUUUCCUUUUAA